CUCGGCCCCCCUUGCGAAGGCUCCCCUGCGAACCCCGGCAUGGAGAAGGUGGAGGCGGGAGCGGCGGCGGCGGCGGCGGCGAGAGCAGGAGCAGCAGGGCGCCGCGUUGCCCGCUCCCCGCGAGCAAGCUGAGGCAUUCCGGAAGGACAUUGGGUCUACCAGAGUCUGAACCUGUCCUGUGGGUUCAUGCUGCCAUCUUAAUACCCCACUCCUAGAGGAGGCGCAUACCUAUCCCAAGAUGUCUUAUGGGGAUACAUGCAGAACUCACUGCAGAAGCAGGGACACUUGCUGAUUCCAGAGCUCUAGAUCCAUCUAUAUGACUUAGUUGGAAUAACAAUGACCGAAGUCCUUCUGUCGGCAGUCCUGAACAUGACUGAAACUCACUUGCUGGCUAGCAAUGUCACCAGCAAUGUUCCUGGGAAAUGUUCGUUGACUAAAACUGGCUUCCAGUUUUAUUAUCUGCCUGCUGUCUACAUUGUAGUCUUCAUCACUGGAUUGCUGGGCAACAGUGUGGCUAUUUGGAUGUUUAUCUUCCAUAUGAGGCCUUGGAGUGGCAUCUCUGUUUACAUGUUCAACCUGGCACUAGCUGACUUCCUGUACGUCCUGACGCUUCCUGCACUGAUCUUCUAUUACUUCAAUCAAACUGACUGGAUCUUUGGAGACUUCAUGUGUAAGCUGCAGAGGUUCAUCUUCCAUGUCAAUUUGUACGGAAGCAUUUUGUUUCUUACUUGCAUCAGCGUGCACAGAUAUACAGGUGUUGUUUAUCCUUUAAAAUCCCUGGGGAGACUGAAAAAAAAGAAUGCAGUUUAUAUCAGUGCCCUGGUCUGGGGUAUUGUGGUAAUUGGGAUCUCUCCUAUUUUCUUCUACUCCGGAACAGAGGUAAGGAAAGUGAAAACUAUGGCAUGCUACGACACGACGUCAGAUAAUUAUCUGAGAAGCUACUUCAUUUACAGCAUGUGCACCACUGUCUUCUUGUUCUGCAUCCCAUUCAUACUGAUCCUUGGUUGUUAUGGAUUAAUAGUUAAAGCACUGAUUUAUAAAGAUCUAGACAAUUCUCCACUUAGAAGAAAAUCAAUUUACCUGGUUAUUAUAGUGUUGGCAGUCUUUGCUGUAUCCUAUCUUCCUUUUCAUGUGAUGAAAAACUUGAAUCUACGAGCCAGGCUGGAUUUUCAGACUCCAGAAAUGUGUGCCUUUAACAACAGGGUUUACGCCACUUACCAAGUAACUCGGGGACUUGCGAGUCUCAACAGCUGUGUGGAUCCUAUUCUGUAUUUUUUGGCAGGAGACACAUUUCGAAGAAGGCUCUCCAGAGCAACCAGAAAAGCUUCAAGAAGAAGUGAGCUCAACGUGCAGUCCAAAAGUGAGGAUAUGACUCUCAGUAUUUUAUCUGAGUGUAAACAGAAUGGAGACACAAGCUUGUGAAUUAUUAUUUAACAAAAAUGUUGGCAAGCAUACACUUUCUCCUCACCCACUGAUCCCCACUGAUCAUUUUAACACUUUAGGGCACUCUCAUUUCACACAUUUUUGAGAAAACCUAACAAGUGGACAACUUAUAUUUGUGUGGAGCUUCUUACACUGUAUAACAUGCUCUUUGAGCCCAGGAAGACAGUGUGAAAGUAAAUGUACAGUUUAAAUAGGAAAAAAAAGUGGGCAGUUUCUGAAAGGUUAAUUCAUCUUAGAGACUAGUUGUGCAUAUGGUAGGAACAAAGCAAUCCCAAGGGAAAAGGAGCAAUGAUCACAGGCUAUCUUUAUCAGAACAUACCACUGAGGAGUGUCUAGAGAAGACUAACCUUUGUGUAAGGUCCUUGUCCAUUUCCUAAACUAUUUCUUCUUUCUGCACUGCUGUGGUCUUGGGGCAGGGAGAGUCUGUGGGGCACAGCCCCAGUCAGGGAUAAUGCAGACCUGCUCCAGGAAUGUUUAGUUCUUAUUGAAAAGAUAUUCCUUAGUCUCAAUGAAAAGUAUCUAGCCUUCUUACUUACAGAGAAACUUAAGUUGCUGGCAGUAUUCUCAGCUGAUCCAAGUUUGAUUUUGGAUUUGUGUAAUGAUUAAAUAACUUGAAGUGUGUUGGACAACUUGAAUUUGUUGUUCUCCAUUGAAUUUGGUAGUCUCCCAGAUGCAUUUUUGUAAGCUACCAGGCCAUAGCAACCUUGAAUGCUGAUUUUUGUUGUUGGGAUUUCUCUCAAAUCCUUUAGUAAAAUCUAGUAAGGACAAAGGCCAGGAGGUAGUGCUGGUCUGUUGACAUUUAUUAUUUGAUUACAGCUGAUGUACUGAAACUGAUGACAUUCUCUCUCUUUCAAAUCUGGGUUUAUGCGGAGUCAUCUGCUGUGGGAUGUUCAGAGGAGACAUCUUGGUACAGUGGCUCUCAAUUUGUGACAAAAUGGUAGUGGUAUGCAGCCAUCACCCCUUUCAGGAUUAAAUGUUCAGCAUGUGUCAGGAAGCAUGGGAAAACUGUACUGCUCAUUAUACACUGAAAUCUAAAAUCGUAAAUGAGACAGGCUGUUAGGGCUUGGCAAAGCCUAAGCUGAUUAUGGAGACUGUUGAUGCUGUUCUCUCAUGACAAUUGCAUACUUUAAAAUGUCUGUACAGUAGGCCCUAAUGGGUACCUUAUAUAGACUACCCAUCUAUUUAUUUUGGAUGUCUUUAUGUAAAGCCCAUCCUUUACUAAUUAAGAAUAAUAGAAUGUCUCAUAUAAAAUCAACAAAUGACAUUAAAAUAUUUUAAUAUUAUUCUUAA